GUAAGUGGAACCAUCGCGAGUCUUCUGUGAGACUUGAUUCUAUAAGCCCGUGAGAACGGUCGUGGAAAAACCCUUUUUACGAAGAUGGCGCCGAAAGCUAAGAAGGAAGCCCCUGCGCCUCCCAAAACUGAAGCCAAAGCAAAGGCGUUGAAGGCGAAGAAGGCAGUGCUGAAAGGCGUCCAUAGCCACAAAAAAAAGAAGAUCCGCACUUCACCCACCUUCCGGCGGCCCAAGACACUGAGGCUGCGAAGGCAGCCCAAAUAUCCUCGGAAGAGCGCCCCCAGGAGAAACAAGCUUGACCACUAUGCCAUCAUUAAGUUCCCUCUGACCACUGAGUCAGCCAUGAAGAAGAUAGAAGAUAACAACACACUUGUGUUCAUUGUGGAUGUCAAGGCCAACAAGCACCAGAUCAAACAGGCUGUGAAGAAGCUCUAUGACAUCGAUGUGGCCAAGGUCAACACCUUGAUUAGACCCGAUGGAGAGAAGAAGGCAUAUGUUCGACUGGCUCCUGACUAUGAUGCUUUGGAUGUUGCCAACAAAAUUGGGAUCAUAUAAACUGAGUCCAGCUGGCUAAUUCUAAAUAUAAAUUUUUUCACCACAUAUGCUUCUUGUCUUUGUAUGUGUUUCUGGUUGGGCUGGGGUGAAGCCAUGCUAUGGUACACAGCUACGGGGCCUGGGCAAGACUCUUAGUCUACUUUGUUGCUAUUAAAACACUCAGCCCUGACACCCCACCAUACUCGUAACCCCUGGUGGUAGGAGCUUACGUACCAGACAUACUUUGUGACCCAGAUUAAGGUUAGUUGUCCUAAGACAACUUCACUGAGAGUUUUCAUUAGCAUCCAUUACCGGGCAGUGUGUGGGUUGGCUGACUUUCGGGUAGCACCCAGUCCCCACACACCCAUCUACCGUGUCCAACCGGUCUGUCUGCUUCCCUCACCGCUUGCCCAAGAAAGGACAAGGACUUCAGAGGAGUGCUUUCAUAGUAUUUUCAAUACCAGGUGCCCAAGGUUAGAGGUUGGUCACAAAGAACACCCCAGGCUUGGGGUGAAGUCCUAGUUGUUGUGUGAAUUUGCUCUCCUAGGCUGUGUUUCCUGGCCUUGCCAUGAGUCCCAGGCUCUGCUCUCACUCAGUCAAGAAUUUGUCUUUGUGUUUCUGGCUGGGGACACGUUCAGGGCAGAAGUCAGAGCGAAGGAGGCGGGAAAAGUAGAUGAGGAUCAUCACGUCCAGCAUGAGCAGGAUGCCCAGUAGAAAGGUACCCAGGUUCCUCUGGCCGGUGUAACGCAGGAAGAAAUGGGUGAGGUAGGCCUGAGGAGCUAGGCGGAAGAGAAAGUACAUGACCAGGUUGACAUACUUG